GAGAGAAAGGGGGAGAGAGAGAAAAAAAGAACACAUGUGCAUGGUGUGUACAUUCUGGUCAUUAUCCCUUUAAACAAAGCUACAUGCACUGAAACACCAUAAAGAUAUUUUACAGACAAACUGUAUUUUUCAAACCUUUGGCUUUCCCUGGAGAUUUGUUACAUGUAAGAUCAAGCUUACUUGUUUGGUGUAGUGCACUGAUCAUCUCAUCUAAGCUGUUAAUUGUUGAAUCAGAAGGGAGUUACACAGAGCGGCAUUUUUCAUACACCUGCACAAUUUAAGUCAAAAACCUGGACUGCACAGUGUGGCUGUUAUUUAGCUAUUCCCCUGCACAAUAUUCAGUUUUGGCUCAAGUUGUUUGGCUAGUGGAAAUCCUACUCAGUGCAGUUUGAUGUGACAUGAAGACAUGAGUCAGUGGAUGAGUUUGUUUUGCAAAGCAAAAGCUGAGAAUUAUUUAAUCUUGACCAAACAUAUGAUUGGUACACUAAUGAAAACUUUUCCCCACAUGCCUGUUUGCAAAGAGAUCCCACUUAGUGUUACUUUCAAUAGCAGUGUCCUCAUGUUGUAACUAAAAAGAAACUUGAAAUGCUGAACCGCUGUGAAUUGGGAGCUGUUAAACUUACCUUUCUCCAGGUGAUCAGGUGCAAAGCAGCAGUCGCCUGGGUGGCUGGGAAGCCCCUGUCCAUUGAGGAGGUGGAGGUAGCUCCACCUAAAGCUCAUGAAAUACGCAUUAAGAUUGUAGCCACUGGGGUGUGCCACACAGACUUGGCAUACCUCUGUGAGACCAGUAAGAAGAAGAAGCCUCGGGCCUUGCCGCUGGUACUGGGACAUGAGGGGGCUGGAGUGGUGGAGAGUGUGGGUCCAGGGGUCACCAAGGUUUCCCCAGGAGACAAAGUCAUCCCUCUUUUCCUACCACAGUGUGGAGAAUGUGAGUGCUGCCGUAGCCCAAAGACAAACCUGUGCACAAAGAACUGGGAGAACUUGGAGCUUGGAGUUCUUGCUGAUGGCACAAGCAGGAUAUCUUGCAGGGGCCAGCAGAUGUAUCAGUUCAUGGGCAUGAGCACUUUCUCUGAGUAUACGGUGGUGGGUGAUGACAACGUCACCAAGAUAUGUGCAGAGGCACCACUGGACAGAGUCUGUCUGUUGGGCUGUGGCGUUGCCACGGGAUAUGGAGCUCCUCUUAACACUGGCAAGGUGGAACCUGGUUCUACAUGUGCCGUUUUCGGUUUGGGAGCAGUGGGCCUUGCUACUGUCUUCGGUUGCAAGACCGCUGGCGCCAAAAGGAUCAUUGCAGUCGAUAUCAACCAGGACAAGUCUGAGAUCGCUAAGAGCUCAGGGGCCACUGAGUAUGUGAACCCCAUAGACUACAGUAAACCCAUUCAGGAGGUCCUGGUGGAACUUACAGGUGGAGGAGUGGACUACUCCUUUGAAUGUGUGGGAAACGUGGACGUCAUGAGGGCGGCACUGGAGUCGUGUCGCCCUGCGUUUGGUACCUGUGUGAUUGUGGGAUGGACAGACAAGGCAGACAUGAGUGUCUCCCCUGAUGACAUCCUCAUGGGACGGACCUUGAAAGGAACUUACUUUGGUGGCUGGAAGAGCGUGGAGAGUGUACCCAGACUUGUGGAGAAAUACAUGAGUGGAAAGCUGCCCAUUGAUCAGCUAAUAACACACACAUUGACACUAGAACAAGUCAAUGAGGCCUUUCAGCUGAUGACCAGUGGGCAGAGUAUCCGGACAGUAAUCAGAAUGUAAGGCAGAAUGGAGUUGUGGUCUGUUCAUCACUGGUGGGGUUGUAAUGCUGAUGUUGCUCUGUCCCAGGGUCCUCUCUUUUACCGCCAAAGAUUCAAAUCUGUCAUCUUGUCCAAGAGGACAUCAGGAGGUCUUUUAAUUACGUACAGUCUUUAAUAGUGGCGAUUAUGAUAAUCUGUAUAAACUGUUGUCCUGCUUGUGAAAAAGCCAUGCUGUUUUUUUAUUUAUAUUUGUUGGUAAGGGGAACAUUAUGGUAAAAGUGUUUUAUUUGAACUGAGAGGAUGAAUCUCCAGGGUUUGUCUUAAACUUGCCAAAGUAAUCUACAAGCAUUCUCUUCUGUUUGUCAAAUAUAUGAACUACAAUUACUCAAUUCAAUUUCUUUUUCAA